CCCCAGGAAUAUCCAAAAUAUCAUCUGGAACAUCCCAAAUCCCCCCUGGAACAUCCCAGAUCCUUCUGGAGUAUCCCAAAUCCCCCUGGAACGUCCCAAAUCCCCCCUGGAACAUCCCAAAUCCCCCCUGGAACGUCCCAAAUCCCCCUGGAACAUCCCAAAUCCCCCUGGAACAUCCCAAAUCCCCCUGGAACGUCCCAGAUCCCCCUGGAACGUCCCAGAUCCUUCUGGAACAUCCCAGAAUUCUGAUUCCCGGCUCCUUCCCGCAGUGCUGGCUCCGGACGAGGAUGACCUGGUGGCCAUGGAAGUGACGUCCCCUCCUCCCAUUCCCAAAAAAAGCUCCGGGAAUUUGGUGCUGGAGCCGCCCCCGCCCCGCCUCGGGACCAAGCUCUCCCCGGAGCCCCCCGGCAGCAAAGCCGAGCCCCAGGAUUCCAAAGCCCCCAGCCUGACCACGUGCGAGGUGUGCGGCGCCUGUUUCGAGACGCGCAAGGGCCUCUCGAGCCACGCGCGCUCCCACCUGCGCCAGCUCGGCGUGGCCGAGUCCGAGAGCUCCGGCGCUCCCAUCGACCUCCUGUACGAGCUGGUGCGGCACAAAGCCAAAGCCGACGGCAAAUCCUCGUCCCCCAAAGAGCCGGCGGUGCCGGCGGCGCCGCGCCCGGAGCCGCCGCUCAACAAAGCCAUCAAAUCCCCGCCGGGUUUCGGCAAGGCGGCGCCGGGCUCGCCGGGGCUGC